ACUUCCGUCUUGUUAUAAUGAGGUUUGGAAGAUGUGUUGAUAAUAUAAGGACUUGUGAUUCAUCGUCACAUAUCAUGGCACACUACAUGGCACACUACAUGGCACACUACAUGGCACACUACAUGACACACUACAUGACACACUACAUGGCACACUACAUGGCACACUACAUGGCACGCUACAUGACACACUACAUGACACACUACAUGGCACACUACAUGGCACACUACAUGACACACUACAUGGCACACUACAUGACACACUACAUGGCACACUACAUGGCACACUACAUGGCACACUACAUGACACACUACAUGACACACUACAUGGCACACUACAUGACACACUACAUGACACACUACAUGACACACUACAUGGCACACUACAUGACACACUACAUGGCACACUACAUGGCACACUACAUGGCACACUACAUGACACACUACAUGGCACACUACAUGGCACACUACAUGACACACUACAUGGCACACUACAUGGCACACUACAUGGCACACUACAUGACACACUACAUGGCACACUACAUGGCACACUACAUGACACUACAUGGCACACUACAUGGCACACUACAUGACACUACAUGGCACACUACAUGA